AUGGAUAAGCCUGAACCGCUCGCCGCUGUUGCUGCCAUUGUUGACCAGUGCGUAGAGCGGGAAGAGAUGGCUGCGUCGGAGCUACACUUCCUGCUGGUGCCGCUGGUGGCGCAGGGCCACAUCAUCCCCAUGGUGGACCUGGCGCGCCUCCUCGCCGCGCGGGGGCCGCGCGUCACCGUCGUCACCACGCCUGUCAACGCUGCGCGGAACAGGGCCACCGUCGACAGCGCCAGGAGGGCGGGCCUCGCCAUCGAGCUCGCGGAGCUCCCCUUCCCCGGCCCGCAGCUGGGGUUGCCGGAGGGGCUGGAGAACCUCGACCAGCUGCUCGACGACGUCAGCAGUACCACGUACCUCGCCUUCUUCCAGGCCAUCUGGAAGAUGGCGGAGCCGCUGCAGGGGUACGUCCGUGCGCUGCCGCGGCGGCCGGACUGCCUCGUCGCCGACUCGUGCAACCCGUGGACGGCGGGCGUUUGCACGGCGCUCGACAUCCCGAGGCUGGUGCUGCACUGCCCGUCCGCCUAUUUCCUCCUCGCCGUGCACAACCUGUCCACGCACGGCGUGUACGACCGCGUCGGCGACGACGAGUUGGAGCCGUUCGAGGUGCCGGACUUCCCGGUGCGCGCCGUCGGGAACACGGCCACGUUCCGCGGCUUCUUCCAGCACCCCGGCGCGGAGAAGGAGCAGCGCGACGUUCUCGAUGCCGAGGUCACCGCUGAUGGCCUGCUGAUCAACACGUUCCGCGGCGUCGAGGGCAUCUUCGUCGACGCGUACGCGGUGGCGCUCGGCAAGAGGACGUGGGCCAUCGGGCCGACGUGCACCUCCGGCAUCUUGGACAAGGACGCCGACGCCAUGGCCGGCCGCGGCAACCGCGCUGACGUCGAUGUCGGCCACGUCGUCUCAUGGCUCGACGCCAUGCCACCGGCGUCUGUGCUGUACGUCAGUUUCGGCAGCAUCGCGCAGCUGCCAGCGAAGCAGCUCGCCGAGCUCGCGCGCGGCCUCGAGGCGUCGGGGCGGCCGUUCGUCUGGGCCAUCAAAAGGGCCAAGGCCGACGCCGCCGUGAAGGCGCUGCUCGACGAUGAAGGGUUCGAGUCGCGCGUGGAGGACAGGGGCCUCGUCGUGCGCGGGUGGGCACCGCAGGUGACCAUCCUCUCGCACCGGGCGGUGGGCGGCUUCCUCACGCACUGCGGCUGGAACGCCACGCUGGAGGCCAUCUCCCACGGCGUGCCGACGCUGACAUGGCCCUGCUUCGCCGACCAGUUCUGCAGCGAGCGGCUGCUCGUGGACGUGCUCCGCGUAGGCGUCAGGUCCGGCGUCAAGGUGCCCGCCAAGAACGUCCCCGAGGAGGCCGAGGGCGUCCAGGUGCCGAGCGGCGACAUGGAGAAGGCCAUUGCCGAGCUGAUGGACGGCGGGUCCGAGGGGAUGGUGAGGAGGUCCAGAGCCAAGGAAGUCGCCGCGGAGAUGAGAGUGGCCAUGGAGGAAGGCGGGUCGUCCUACUCCGACCUGACGGACAUGAUCCACUACGUCUCGGAGCUGUCGAGGAAAAGCAGCCACGAGAGGGACGGAAGCUCGAUGACCCUGCCUUUCGCGGUGGCAGAGCUCCGAAGCAACGACAGCGACAAGAUCGAAGCCGGUGCUGCAUUGUCACUACAGUCCUAA